GCUCAUUUAAUCUCUCAACCUCUCGCCUGGAUCACUGCUCAUUAGCGCUGUCACCUUGAUGUAUUUUUCCUGAUUAAUUCUCUAUUGUGUGCUGUUGAACUAUGCGCAAGUACAAAGAUGUUCCUGUAAAUGACCAUAUUUUGGAGCGUCUGAAUUGACUCUACUAUACAUUAAACUUCGUUUGCUGGCCUCAUCUAUCGAAUACCCCGAAAUGAGUCUGAAAAAUUUCACCUUUCUUCUCCCUCAUCUCCCUCAGUUCGAAGGCGAAUUGAAGGACCUUCUGAUUGAAAUUGACAAGUUGAUUGAGAGUAAGAAGAACCAGUGGGAGUCUGAGUUAAAAUCACUGGAGUGCAAGCUCUCAAAAAAGGCCAAGGAGAAUCAAAUUCUUCAAGAAAAAAUUCGUGCAAAGGAAGCUGAAGUUUGUUUUUGGAUUUGACUCGACUAUCUAUGCAGUUGCACGCUACUUCCACUAAGUUACAGACUAUUGAAUCAAAACUUAGUACCAGUAAUCAACCAAAAGAGCUAACCAGUCCCAAGUCUACGGUUGAUUGGAUGAAUUCUAGUCUCAAGAAGCUUCAUGCUAAGUACCACAAACUUUUUUUGGCGGAAAGCGAGAAGCACUCCGUCACUCUUCGUAAGAUUGAAGAACACAAUGCUGCUCUUCUGGAUGAGCUGAGAAAGUCAAAGGAAGAUUGUUAUCAAAAAGUUGAAGAUCUUAUGAUCCAGCUGCAAAAAGAGAAACUGUGCAGCGAGCAGCUUCAGACUCAGUGCAGCCAGUUGCAGAACCAACUGAAAUUGAAACAUACUGAUCUUGAGAAGGAGCGAAGUAAAAAUUUGGUGCUUCAAUCGGCUUUCCAUGAACGGCAAGUUGAAUUCGAUUCCCUGCUGAAAAACGCCAAUCGCACGUCGGAGUUGCAGACAUCCGAACUAAGUCGCUUGAGACUUCUCUUGGAAGCUAAACAAACAGAACUUCGUCGUCUGUCUUCCGAAGCCUCGUCCAAAAAAUCAGAGCUACUCACUUCUAAACGAGCUGUGGCUCGACUCGAAGCUGCGGUUGCCAAACACAUCUCCGCUAUUUCGAACUCUCAAUCUCCUCGUAAUCUCUCCUCUUUCGGUGAUUCUUGUUUGAACAUCGACGAGGUGUCACGGUCCAUGACCUACUCAGAACUGGAUUCGAAGCUAAGAACUCUUGAGCAGCACCUGAAUGAUUCUCAUCUUGUCGUUCAGCAAAAAAUGGAAGAAAUAAGUCAACUGGAACGUGCUUGCCACACUGCAGCAGCCACCAUCCAUCGGUUGAUCGAAUCCAAAACUUUAAAUGAACAGCGGAUCUCCUCUCUAAAAGUCACUAUAAAUGGGACUCUUGCAGCAACAAGGCGCCUGUCCACGCGUGUGAAGCGCUUGGAAAAUACCGUGUUACACAAAAUAUCAACAUUGAGAACACGCUUGGAGAAACUGAAAAUCCCUCUUACCAAGCUAGGCGAAUACUCGGCGACGUUCAGCCAUCGUCCAAGUGUCUGCUCCAUCGGAAUUCAACACUAUUCCAACGUUGCGCACACUGCGAUGCAGACUUGCGCGGGGCCUACAAUUUCUUCCUCUCGGUUCACUUCGAAGGCUGAUUCGCUCGCAGAUGAUUGGUCUAAUUCUGCCGAAAAGCUGCAGCGCACAGUAGACACUUUGGCCGAGGAGAAGACACGUUUGGAAACAAGAUUAAUACAACAAGCUGAGUGUAUGGAGCGCUUGCAAAAGGAAAAUCUCCUCCUUUCCAACCUUUUGGCUGGUUCUGCGAGGGGUGACCAAGCGUGGACUCCUUGCUCUCCUAAUUCUCCAAAUAGGCAUCGAUCAAAUCCGGCAGCGGCGAACGAAACGGAUGAAGGUCAACAGCUCUCUGAUUUGCCCAGUAGUUCGUCAGUUUCCAUUGCCAUUGAAAGUCCAGAUGAAGCAGCACUUAAGCCAUCUUUGUCUUUAACAACUCCUUUUGUCAACUGCCGUUCCUCUCUGCCUACGGAUGCUGUACCCACCAUGGAUUUCGUUUCGUCCGGGUACCACAGCUCUGGAGAACUCAUUCAUGAUUCUCACACGGUGACGUUCAUUGAGGCAAAUGAUUCUGUUGACGAGCCCUCGAAGUCCACUGAGUUUAUCAUUCCUUUUUCUGCUUCAAAUCUGGACGCAACCCUUCAACUGAAAGACGAUCAAACAGCUCUCACCUCUGCGCCUGAGAGUGAUUGCGUUCGUUUCCAGUUGUCCCCACUUUCGCUGAGUCCUUCCGAAUACGAUGAACUUCCUGUGCCAAAAUCUGCCUCAAUCCCUGCCCUAUUGCAAUCACCGAGUCAUCCUUCUUUCCACGAGUGUCCUCGUUUCUUCAAAGACGUUGUUUCGGCCAGUGACAUAACUAGUAAAUGGUCGCCCACAACGCGUGUCGCACCAUCGGAUGCUGCCGAAAUCAUUCUCAAUGUUACACCGACUCCCUCCAUCUCACCCUCGAAACAAAGGAUUACUUUUCUGCAUGAUGAUGAAACCGAGAAGAAUAAAAGAGCUGAUCGUCUUCAAGUCUCAAAUUCUCCACCUCAAGCCGGCUUGAUUUUGUCGAACCCUGGGGAUGAUUUGAGCCACUUUGCUCCACAUAUACAUUCCACUGCACAUAAGCGAUCAUCUGACGUCGCAAACUCAACCAACAAUGAGGAGGACGAGGAUACUAGUGUCUACUGUUUGGCCGCCAAGUUUCUAGCCAACGAGCAAGAGUACUGCCUACGCUUAGAGGAGCAAAUCGAUUCUCAUCUAGCGGCUCUGGAAAAGCAAAUUGGUCUCCGCUCACCUAUCGUGACAUGA